AUGGAUAUGUGGAACAAUAUAAGAAGAAUAAUUCAAUUAUAUGACGAUGAGGAGGAUAAUGAGAGUGUCUUAAUAUUUGCUGCUCUUUUAGAAGAGCAGAACUUCUAUCAAAAGAGGCGUUGUAGGGAUUCCAUUUUACAAGGGGAAACAUAUGUUAUGGAGAUUUUAAACGGCCAUAGAGAAAGAUGUUAUGAAAAUUUUAGGAUGUACCCUGAAGUUUUCAGAACAUUGUGUAGUACCCUGAAAGGUAUAGGGCUGAAGGAUUCUAAAUUUUUAACUGUUUAUGAACAAGUGGCAAUCUUUUUGCUCACUUUAUAUCAUAAUCAAAGGAAUCGUGUUGUAACAGAGAGAUUUCAACACUCCACUGAAACCAUUUCUAGACACUUCCAUGCUGUGUUGCAUGCAGUAUGUCAGUUGGGCACCCAUAUCAUUGCCCCUCCUAAUUUUUCUGUGAUUCCGAAUAAGAUUAGAGAGUCUUUUAGGUUUUACCCUUACUUCAGGCAUUGUGUGGGAGCUAUAGAUGGAACCCACAUUCCUGCAACUCUGCCAGCAAGUACACAACUUCCAUUUCGUGGUAGAAAGGGUUAUACUACACAAAAUGUAAUGGCUGUAUGUGACUUUGACAUGAGGUUCACAUAUGUGCUAGUUGGGUGGGAAGGCUCAGCUAAUGAUUCGAGAAUCCUAAAUGAGUGUACUGAAAAUGAGGCAAUGAACUUUCCAGCUCCACCAGCAGGUAAGUAUUAUUUGGUGGACUCAGGGUAUGCCAAUAAGCCUGGUUAUUUGGCCCCAUUUCGAGGUCAUACUUACCACUUUCAGGAAUACCGUAGGACUAGACAACCUCGUGGUCUGGAGGAAAUGAGAUUCGCUAUUUUGAGGGCAAUGCCUCCUUAUAAGUUUUCAACACAAGUAUUGAUUGUAAUGGCUUGUUGCACAUUACAUAAUUUCAUCAAAAAUCAGCAUCAGUCUGAUGACAUAUUUGAUGGUAAUGAUCCUCCUCAAAGUGAUGGUGAAGAUGAUAAGAUUGUUGAGCAUGUGCCUUCGGCUCAGCUUCGAGAAAUGGAUCAGUUGCGUAAUACUAUUGCUGAUCAAAUUUGGAAUUCUCUUCAGCACUCUUGA